AUGAAGAUUUUGAUAAUGAUUGAUUUUGUCCUUGCUGCUAGCUUGAUGGAUGUCAUUGGCAGCUCUGAUUUACAGAAAUGUUUUCAAGAGCAGAUCCGACUUCAGGGCCAGGUGAGGCUUCUGGAACAUCGUGUGAAACAGCAGCAGUUAAAAAUCAUACAGCUCUUAGAGAAGAAAGAGAUUCAGUACAGUGACAGAGAAGAUGAAAACAGUGUCAUUGACUUGAGAGGAAAAAGACAGUAUUCAGAUUGUGCAGAAAUCUACAAUGAUGGCCAUAAGCAAAAUGGAUUUUAUAAAAUAAAACCAGCCCAGAGUCCUAGAGAAUUCCUUGCGUUCUGUGACAUGUCUGAAGGAGGUGGCUGGACUGUGUUUCAGAGACGUUCUGAUGGCAGCCAGAAUUUUGAUAGACUAUGGGCUGACUAUGAAGAAGGCUUUGGAAAUUUUGUUUCGAAAAAUAGUGAAUUUUGGCUUGGAAACAAAAAUCUUCAUUAUUUGACUAAUCAAGGGCAUUAUACUUUAAGAAUUGAUCUAACUGAUUUUGAAGGAGAACGGCGUUUUGCACAGUAUGCAAGAUUCAGAGUUGCAGGAGAAGAGCAUUCUUAUGAGAUGAGUUGUGGUGAAUACUCUGGUACAGCUGGUGAUUCCCUUACUGGUGGAUUUCAUCCUGAAGUAAAAUGGUGGGCUGAUCAUCGAGGAAUGAAAUUCAGUACUAGAGACAGGGAUAAUGACAACUAUGAAGGGAACUGUGCUGAAGAGGAAAAGGCUGGCUGGUGGUUUAACAGGUGUCACUCUGCCAACCUGAAUGGUUUGUAUUACAGAGGUCCCUACACUGCCAAGACAGACAACGGGAUUGUUUGGUACACCUGGCAUGGGUGGUGGUAUUCCCUAAAAUCCGUUGUCAUGAAGGUCAGACCUGAAGACUUUGAACGUAGUAUUGUUUAA